AUGGAUCUUCCAGUUGUGGUUGAUUCGGACGACGAUGAAAUAGUCUCCCACGAACUAGAGCAAAUGAGGAGUAUAUUGGAAGAGGCGAUUUUGGAAACGCGCAGCACCCCUCUCGAAAAUCUACCGCGACUUCCCCGCAUACCCCUAAGCAAGCGAAAUCGGGCUGUCGUGAGGGCUCUUAACCCAAUGCUGGUGACCUAUUUGGAAGCCAGCCGGGAUCUUUGCGAGACGGACUCAAUUCUCUUUGGCGCCGCAGUGGCAGUUUGCCGUAUUAUUGGCGCCAAACUUCCCAUGGCUGGACGCGCUACUACACAAAGUAGCGCCAUCCCAGCCUGGAGAAAAAGAAUCGAGGACCGUAUCGCAAAGGCAAGGGCCCUUAUCGGCAGACUGACAAGCUUCAGGUCGGGUAAUAAUAGAUCAAGGAUUGUGCGCACCGUUAGGAUGGCGUUUGCUGGAACAAAUAUCAGUUUGUCCCAGCCGGAUAUCACGCAGAAACUAACGGAGCGCAUAGACGACCUGAAGCAAAAGAUCGCUGCUUGGGGGAAGCGAAUUCGACGAUUUACCGAGAGGUCAAGGCGGUUCAACCAGAAUCGUCUCUUCCAGAGUGAUCAGAAGAGGCUCUAUAAAUCAUUGGAGCGACCAAAGGUAUGUGGAGCGGGCCAAGGACCGGAUCAGGCUGACAUUAUCGCAUUCUGGCGUGGCCUGUGGUCAGAGCCCGUAAACCACAGCGAGGGCCCAUGGGUGGAAGUUGUGGCGAGCCAGGGUGCGAGUGUUACGCCUAUGAACCCCAUCACCAUAACGCCGGAAGACGUGGCUGAGGCGGUCCGUAGGGCCCCGAACUGGAAAAGUCCGGGGCUCGACGGGCUGCAUCAUUACUGGCUGAAGGGGUUCAUAGUGUGUCACGCUGUGCUCGCCCGACAGUUUCAAGAGGCUCUCGACCAGAAGUCGCUCCCGAGCCUCUUCACUACUGGGAUCACUCACUUGGUUCCUAAAGAUCAGGAUACCACAGACCCGAGCAAAUACCGCCCCAUCACGUACCUAGAAGAGUACGCAAAGAUAGCAGGAACUCAGGAAAAAUACAACUGGAUAGAGACUACUAUUAAAGUUCAACUACAACACAUUAAUAAGAUAAAACCUGAUCCCAGGAACGUGUUAUCAACUAGUACUAUAAAAUUGCUAGAACAAAGAAACCAGCUAAUCAACACAAAAGAUAUAAACGACAGAAGAAAGCACAUAGCGAAAAUCAGUAAAGACAUCAAUGAAAGCAUAAGAAAAGACAGCAAAAGAAGAAGAAUGGAAAUUAUCGAAAAACAUGUAAUCAAAACAGGAGGUGUUAAAAAAGCUAACAAGGAAUUAACAAACUCAAAAGACUGGAUCGCAAAAAUUAAAAACCUCAGCGGAGAAUACAGCCACCACAGAAAAAACAUCUUACAAAUUGCCACAUCUUAUUACAGAAAGAUAUACGAACACAACAUCGCUCAAGACGAAGACGACUUAGAGGAAACCUCAAACGUCCCUAACAUCCUUAUGAGUGAAACCAAAGCACAAGGUUACACACGGUUUGGCAUUAAGACGUAA